ACCUAACCACCCUGACACUACUGCAGAUCCCACCAUGUCAUGACCAACCUCAGACCAACCCGAGAAAAACAGACCGGUGAGAAAUGGUGUUACUACGGCGUCGCAGGGGCGUUUUCGUGCUAGUAUCUCUCAUCGCGGCAGCGACGGUCUCGUUCAACGUGUUCAACGCUCUCGUCCAUCAUACGAACGACAGCAGGGAGCAAACCAUGGUUAGAGAUGUUCACCCGCGUACACGGCGAAGGACCACGCCUAGGACUGCGCCUGGGACCACGCUAAGGAGAUACGAGAAGUUCCGAAGACCUGUGGUCCUCAUCAUGUCCCAGAUGAGAAGCGGUUCUUCCUUCGCGGCCGAGAUCUUCAACCAACAUCCGGGAGCUUUCUACGUGUUCGAGCCUCUGUGGGCGGUCAGCUUCCUGUCCAACGGCACGUACAACAGCGACGUCUGGCGGCGGGACAUGCUCACUGCACUCAUGACGUGCCGCUUCGAUGGACUGGAGAAAUUCCUCUGGUUUUACCUGAACGACGAGAAUUUUUACGUGUUUACGAAGAGCCAAGCGUUGCUCGACGUUUGUAAGAAAUUCAGCAAACCGGGUAACAUUACGGAACCGUGCCCGAUACCACGGUCGGUCUUGGCUAGCGUUUUGGGAAGGAGCUGCCAUGCGAAGAAUUUCACCGUCAUAAAAACUAUCCGCGUCAAAGACAUUGACCUGAUCAGAUCUACUUUGGAAAACAUUGGAAACGAAGUGGAGCUAAAAAUUAUCCAUUUAGUUCGGGACCCGAGAGCCACCAUAGCUUCUCGAAUGGGCGUGUUCGACCAGGGGAAGUCAUAUGCAGAUUUGAACGUAAAAAAUAAAAACUACGGUAUCUACGGUCUCUGUCGCGAGGCGUUACGGAACAUGCAGCCCAAAUCAGGGACAAGCAGCUUUCUGAGAGACAGAUACGCUUUGGUGAGAUACGAGGACAUCAUACGAGACAUCGCAGAGAUGGCGAAGAGACUGUACAACUUUACAGGCGUGCCGAUUCACCGGGACGUUCUGCGCUGGAUACAACUCAACACCAACGUAGAGGACGUCGACGCUGGGCCGUUUUCGAGGAAGAGAAACGCCAAAGAAGCCGCCAACCACUGGAGGACAAGACUCAGCUUCGCUCAGGUUAAGACCAUACAGGGCUACUGCGCCGAGGCCAUGCGGCUUCUCGGGUACAGGUUUAUAACUGACGACGCGAUGUUGAAAAACAUGUCCGCAUCUCUACUAGGAGAACUCAAUCAGGACGUCAUGGUCAUACAGUAGUAGGGAACAGGUACAUAUGUUUAAAGGUAGAACUGUUGGUCCAACACAAAAAAUUCUCUCACCUAGAGCUUUCGACCAGUCACUCUGG